ACAUCCCAUGGCUACUCGAGGCUUGAUGUGUUCGAGGUGCCGCAACGCAAGAGGGGCAAAUAGGCAUGGAAGCUUCUGUCCACGACCCAGAGUCGGAGCCGACGGGUUCUUCGCUUUCGGAGAUUCAGUACCUGAGUUACGGUGGCGAGCACCAUCUCCCUCUCAUAAUGAGUCUCGUCGACGAGGAGCUCAGCGAGCCUUAUUCCAUUUUCACCUACCGCUAUUUCGUCUAUCUGUGGCCGAACCUCACUUACCUCGCUUUUCACGGGGACAAGUGCGUGGGCACUGUGGUUUGCAAGAUGGGGGAACACCGCAGUACCUUCAGAGGUUACAUCGCGAUGCUAGUCGUUAUCAAACCUUACAGAGGAAGAGGCAUUGCAACUGAACUUGUUACAAGAGCUAUACGUGUGAUGAUGAAAUCUGGCUGUGAUGAGGUGACACUGGAAGCAGAAGUAACAAACAAGGGAGCUCUCGCUCUAUAUGGGCGUCUGGGUUUUAUCAGGGCAAAGAGGCUGUUCCGUUACUACCUGAAUGGAGUUGAUGCUUUCCGGCUGAAGCUUCUGUUCCCUCGGUUUGAAAGCACCUUUCCGGUCCCAACAAACAAGAGCGAGGCCAAUGAACAACAGUUUGCGUAUUCCUAGCUAUAAGAAAAUAUGGCUUUGGCCUUUGGAUGAAUAAUGAACUGCCAUUUUUUAUAGAAAUAAAUUAGAAAUUAUUGAAUUUUCUAUUUUGCUCUUUUAGAUGUCUUUAAAUACUGAUUUAUGCUCUGAUGGGGUAUUCAAUUUUGUUCAUUAAGGAGGAUGCAAUCUGAUUUUGGUGAAUAAAGUUGUUUA